AUGGCCCAUUUUCAUGAAAAUUCUAAUGCUGCUUGUGGGUCCUCGGACGUAGAAAACCUCAUCAGACUGCAGGAGAGUCUAAAAGGCCCGGCGUUAGAAGUCGUCCGCAGUAGGUUACUAUUACCUGCAAACGUCCCAAAGGUGAUUGAAACAUUGCGUCGUGUUUACGGAAAGCCGGAGAUUCUCAUUCGUUCGUUGAUAUCGAAGGUACGGGCUAUAGAUCCUCCGAAGUCUGACCGAUUGGAUUCCAUCAUCAAAUUCGGCAUUGCCGUACAACAACUCUGCGACCAUUUAGAGGUGGCGAACCAACAAGAUCACCUUAGAAAUCCAGUCCUAUUGGAAGAAAUGGUGGAGAAGCUGCCAGCUAAUGUCAAGUUGGAAUGGGUACGCUUCAAGAAAAGUAAGGAGCAGGUGUCGAUCCGUACGUUUGGGAAUUUCAUGAAAAAUCUGGUGGAUGAAGCUAGUGAAGUAACACUUCUAAAUGCGCCAUCAGAGUCUAUGGUGAAGCAGGAGAAGAAAUCGUCGGUGAAACAAAAGGGGUUUCUUCUAUCACACAGUGGUCCGAACGCUACACCUGAAGUUAACAUUGAAUCGGACAAAAUGAAGGACGAGAAACCAUGCGCCACGUGUUUAAAGCUCGGGCAUCGAGCGCGAAAUUGUGAGAAAUUCAAGAAGUUGAAGCCCAUCGAACGUCUUCAGUUGGUGAGGAACCGAAAGCUAUGUGCCGUGUGUCUUUACAGUCUUGGGAGCAUGCGCUGUCGCAAUAAAAUGUUAUGUAACGUUCAAGGCUGUCAUGGUGAACAUCAUGCCUUACUACAUAACGCUGAUAAACCAGAAGAAGCUAAUUGCAUGGUGCACCUAAGAAGCACCAAAUCAUCCGUGGUAUUCCGAGUCGUUCCGGUAACCCUCACAAAUGGAACUUGUGAGUUAGCGACCUAUGCCUUCCUGGAUGAGGGUUCUUCUAAAACGCUGUUGGAGAAAAGCGUUGCUACCAAACUAGGGCUGAAAGGAGCUGUAAGACCACUAGAUCUAACAUGGACUUCGGGAGUUACUAGGACUGAAAAAACAUCGAUGAAUGUCCGUUUAAUGGUGUCAAGCAGAGGAUCAAACCAGCGAUACUUAUUAACGGAUGUACACACGGUUGAACGACUAAAUUUGCCAAGACAAAGUGUAAAUUUCAAUAAACUGGUGUCAAGAUUCAAUCACUUGCAAGGAUUGUUUGUCGACGAGCAGAAGGAUGUAGAACCGACAAUAUUGAUCGGCCUGGACAACCUCGAUUUGAUGGUACCAUUGGAAUCGCGAAUAGGUGGAAGCGGAGAGCCAGUGGGAUUACGCUGUAAACUCGGAUGGACGAUCAGUGGACCAGUAGCAUCAAUAGUUUCAGAUGGAUUUUGUGGUGUGCACCAGUGUGAUAUUUCGUUGGACCAAGCACUGAGAAAUUAUUUCACUAUAGAAGAGGCCGGAGUUACCUGCCCGUAUCGCGUGGAAUCCGAUGAAGACAGAAGAGCUCGUGUUAUCUUGGAGCAAACCACAAAACGUGUGGGUACCAGAUUCGAAACGGGCCUGCUAUGGCGUAACGAUGAGGUGCGUCUUCCGAGCAGCUAUUCGAUGGCAUACCGGCGCAUGCAGAGUUUGGAGCAACGAUUCAAGAAGGACCCUGAGUUGAAAGACAAGAUUGCUUGGGCAAUUGACGACUUUGUAAAGAAGGGAUAUGCGCAUAAAGCAACAUCCGACGAGCUCAGCUCUAGCGAAAUAGGUAGAGAGUGGUAUUUACCAUUGAACGCAGUGGUCAGCGAGAAAAAACCGGGGAAGAUUCGGUUAACGUUGGAUGCCGCAGCCAAGGUAGGAGGAACCUCGCUCAAUGACAUGUUGCUGAAGGGUCCAGACAUGUUGGUCUCUAUGUUGGACAUUAUCAACCACUUCAGAGAAAGGCGAAUUGGGUUUGGAGGCGAUGUGAAAGAAAUGUUUCUUCAGAUUCAGAUGCGACAGCAGGACAAGUGUUUCCAAAAGUUUUUGUUUCGACAAGACUCUUCCAAAACUCCUGACGUCUACAUUAUGGACGUAGUCAUAUUUGGGGCGAAAUGUUCGCCGUGUAGUGCACACUACACAAAAGAUAAAAAUGCCCGGGAAUAUGCGAAUCGUUAUCCAGAGGCCGCGGAGGCUAUCGUUAAACGACACUAUGUCGAUGACUAUUUUGAUAGUGCUGAUAACGAAGACGUAGCAAUUCAACGAGCGGUUGAGGUGCGGAAGGUACACGCGUACGGCGGAUUCGAAAUCCGCAAUUGGGUGAGUAAUUCACCAUCCGUACUCGCCGCUUUGGGAGAGGAAGGCCAAACAACGAAAACAUUGUGCUACGAUAAAACGGCGGACGCGGAACGCGUGUUAGGGUUACUUUGGAAGCCGCAAGAAGAUGUGUUCACCUUUUCCAUGGGAUUCAAAGAAAAACUGAUACCAUACCUAGUUGAAAGCAUGCGACCCACAAAACGAAUCAUCCUGCAGUGUGUCAUGAGCUUCUACGAUCCGGUUGGAUUUCAUUCUCCCUAG